AUCCUGGCUCAAGGCAUCUGGGCCAAGAGUUUUUUCGAGUUCAGCGUCAUACACUGGCACUCCUGUGAUAGUGCGAUGCCGACCCGCCCGCAGGAAAACGAGGAGCUAGUUUCGGACUUCAACGCGUAUUAUGCCAACUUCUGGAUGCAACUCGCAGUUUUCCAUUUCAAGUUGCCGCAUGCAAAGUUAUGGGCUGGAUUGGUCUGCUUGGUGGCUUGGAUGUAUGGCACGUUUGCGCUUUGCUUACUCCUCUACGCCACGAUCAUUUAUACUAUUUGGACGUUUGCAGCGCCUGAUGGGUCUCACCAUGCAGAUUCCUCGUCAAGGUUGAAUGUGCUACUUGGGCGCUCUUGGCGAGUGUCCCAGCCUGAUUCGACACUGCGCUCUAACAACAACGUCUCCAUCACUGUCUUUAAAGGAAAGUAUUUUGCAGCUUACAGGAAUGCUGACUGGCAUUGGCCCAGUAAGCAUGCUUCUUUACUAGUGGCUACGGCGUCACAUCCAGCCGGUCCAUGGAAGCUUGUUUGGAAGCACAAAACCGGAGAAGAUUUGCGAGAGAUGCUAUUGUUCGAGCUGCACGGCACCCUGUUCUUGUAUUAUUGCAGCAUCGACAGUGGAUUUCUCGGUACAUUCAAUGUGAAAGGGACUCGGUGCUUCCUUUCCCAAGACGGUGUGACAUGGAGCUCACCCGAAGGACGUGGAAAUGGUCUUGUCAGUCGUCCCGGCGAGUUGAUUUGGGACGUGAAGGUUGUUCCUCAAGAUGAUGGCGAGCCUGUCGUGUACAAGACGUCUUACAUGGGAGGACACUACCAGGCUGGCGGUGCAAACAUGGAAGUUCUCUUCGAGCAGUCUCGCAAUGGUCUUGAUUGGACGCCUUGCGGCUCAAGCAAGGAUGGCGUGGUGUAUCGUGGUGGCAUAAGUGAGGUGGCAUUUGAGUUCACGCAGAGGGGUGACCUCGUAGCCAUAGGCCGCAACGAAGAUGGCGACUCGAGUGGCUUUGGAAGCCAGCUUUUUUUCGCGUCUUCUGGUGAUCUGGGCCAGUGGCAGGCUCUUGCGCAGUCCUUGCCUUGGAGGUUCGACUCACCCAGGUUCUGCCGUGUGGAUGCCACAGGAGAUGUGCUUCUGCUAGCCCGGUACACGUACCAAAAGUAUGCUGCUGCGCCUAGCUGGUUGCCGCUAAAGGUACAGGAAGCGGUGAACAUUGUCCUCUACUCUGUACGGCCAAAGACUGCGGCGGUGUUUCGCUUGGCACCAGCCGAAAGCUGGGCAGGGACGAGUGGGCCUUGGCACACGUGCAAGCCAAUAGAGCUUGUCCGGUUCUUCGAGCAUGGCCUCGCUGUGGCUGACACGGGUUUCUUCUCCGUCGUGCCACGCCCCCAUACCAAGGACAGUUGGUACGUCGCGAACUACUCAGCAGCUGGGCAUUCGCACGCGUGGUGGGUUGCAGGCCAACUGGCCUCGUCGCACGUCUAUGUGGCAGAGCUGCGUGUGGAGGAAGAAGAAGUUCCAGGAUAUUGAGCGGCAGGCAGCGUCGACCCAGACAAGACGGAGUGAGCCUGAUAGUCUAUGUGCUCCGGCGCCGUGACUUUUCACGGCGGCGUCUGGGAUGUGCUCGAAUAGUUUCAGCCAUACGGGGUCGCGACCCCAGUUCUUGAUCUUUUCCUCGACAUCGGAUGUCCUCUUGGUGGCCAGGAGUUCUUGACCUGGCAGCGCGUCUGCCGUCACUUUUCAAAUCAAUACCCGUGCUGAGAGCCUAGGGCCGUAGUGGCACCUCCCUCCGCCUCCGCCUCCGCCUUCGCCUCCGUCCCUUCCUAUGCGCGCCCCAGCUUGGUGCAGUGCAUGCCCUGCCCUAGCUCGUUGCAUGUUGCACGCCCUAGCUAGUUGCGGUCUGUUUCCUCAUAUCCAAAGGAUGGGGUCUUUGGUUCGAUGUGGUUCUUGGUAUUACUCCGACCGCGCCGAGGCCUCACCCCUCCCUCCUCCUCUUCCUUCUCAUGUAACCUGUUUUCUCUCCUCUCCACAUCCUCCCAGCAGCUUGGCAGCGUGCAGCUAAACAUCUGUUCAACUUUUGUGUUUAAGCCAGCUGGAGGCGCAUAGUCCGGCCUCACUGAGAGGAUCAGCUGGGAUAUACAUUGAGCAGUUGUUUGCAUGCCUAAUUUAACCUGUGUGUUCAGUCGGAUCCGCAAAGGGCGGCCUCACUGAGAGGAUCGACUGUUUAAACGCAGAUUUUAAAUAGUUGAAUUCGUUUCGCUUUUAACCCUUCGCUGUACGCUGCGCACUGGCGAAAGCGGUCUGGCUCUUCCUCUUUCUCCUCUCGUUCCUCUUCUCGUCUUAUUUCUCUGGUUUCCCUUCGUGGCAGCCGCUGCGCGCUUAGAGUUACAAGUGGCCAGCUAGGGGACGGGAUUGUCUGCACAGCACAGUCGCCCGUGCUCCCUGUCGUCGUCGUCCUCCUCGUCCCGUCUUUUCGGCCAGCGAUUUUACUCCGACGCGUUCGUGCUGGCUGCUGUGGCUACGAAAUUCCAAAGUCGAGCGGACUUCGGCGACUCUUCCAUGACAGAUGCUGGUUUGGUAUUUGCGCUGGAA